CUAUAGCAAAGCACAACAUAACGUAAUAUACCAUAAGAGAACAUACAUAAUCAGCCCGAUUCUGAAUACAAAUUCCUUAGGAAAUUUCUCACUUCUCUCUAUCCUCUUAUUCUGAACAAAAAUUCCUUACGAAAUUUUUCUCUUCUCCCUUUCCUCUUAUUCUGAACAAUGUUCGAAAAAGGGGGAAAAAAAUUUAGAGAGGAAAGUAGGUAUCACGAAUGCAAGUAAAAGGGAGAUUUUGCUGCCAUUUUUAAAGUAUUUUUUCCCCAACUAUUUUGAAAGGAACGCUGAGGAAAAAUGUAAUUUUAUUUACUUUUUAAUGGAAAAAAUACUAAUUUAUAAUAAAAAACAGUAAUAAAGUACUACAAUCAUUCUUAUUUUAGGUCGAAAAGUACAAAUAAGCAUCAAUUAGAAAUUCUGGUAAACCUAAUGCAAGGCCAUGCUGAAAUCGCGCGAGGUUUUUACAAAGGCGGUAAAGAACCACUGAAUAGAUUUUGGCGCAAAGUUGAGAAAGAACUCAAUUCAGCGGGGCCACCAUCAAAAUGUAUUGCCGAAUGGAAGAAGGUGUGGGCUGAUCAAAAGAAGUACGUGCGACACAAAGCAGCCAGUAACCUUAGACAUAGUAGGGGAACUGGAGGAGGCCCUAAUAUCGAAUACAAGUUUUCUGCAACAGAAAGGGCAAUAUUCGAGUUGAUAGGGAUGAAGGAAUCCGUGGAAGGUGUGGCGAAGACAUUUGGGCUGACAUCUUCGAUUAAUGUUGAACGAGUGGAAGAAAACCUUGAUUUCUUGAUGAAUGAGAGUGGUGUAGUGAAUGAAAUUGUAUUGAAGAAUGAGUGUGUCGCGAUGAAUGAGGACCCAAUGGAUUGUGUGUUUCUGAUUGACGAAGAGGAGCCUACUUACCAGCCAUCUUCAAAAGCAGUUAAGCCUACUUCCUCCAAAAAAGUGUUGACAAAACAUUCUCCUCCUGAAAUUCUCGUGGAAGAGGUUGCAAUUCAUCGCGAGCUAUGCGACACCAUCAAGGGUGCAGUUUCGGAAUCCAAAGAACAGCAAGAAAACGUAAAAAAAAUUUAUAGAGCGAUCGACAGUAUGCAGGUAGUCCAGAAAAAGCAUUUUAAAGAAAUGGAAAAAUUAAAGAGGGAAGAAAUUGACGAAAUGAAAAGGCAUAAUCUGAUCAUGGAAGAACUCAUGCUUCGCCAAUUAGAGAAGUAAAUGGAAAUGCAUAGUA